AUGGUUCCAGUCCAAAUGAGAUUCCUAAGACUUUUAAGUAGGCGUGUGUCUCAAAAUAUUACCUAUCUUUGCUACAACUCACGCGCUUGGGAAGAUGACGGAGGUCGAUCGAUUAAGAUGCAAGGUGAAAAUGAAAUGGAGCUUAAGGGUAAUGACCGAACUAAGCCUGUUCUUCUAGAGAAUGGAUGCAAGGAACUAAACGAUGAAUGGCGUCAAACAAUUUUAGAUAUCAACACAGCUGAUAAGGAGGCGUUACCAAUCAUUGACGUGGCUCCAUUUGACAUAACCAAUUCUGGAAAGAAGAAAGAGUUUUUACUGGAGCUUAGCCCUGUUUGUUUUUAUAAUUCUGCAAUUACAAAACUGGAAAAUUGA